AUGCGCGCAUCUGCCUCCAUCAACCUCCUGGAAAUUGCUUGGGUUCUGGCAUCAUUCCCUUUUUUUCUUACGAGGCAGGAAACUCACAGCAACAUUGUGGUCACAGGCCUUGUGGACUCAGGGAAGUCCACCAUCAUGGGACCCCUCAUCUACAAAUGCUGGUGCAUCAAUAAAAGGAUCAUCCAGAAGUUUGAGAAGGAGGCUGCACAGAUGGGGAAAGGCUCCUUCAAGUAUGCCUGGGUCCUGGACAAGCUAAAGACAGAGCAGGAAAGGGACAUCACCACUGACAUUUCCCUGUGGAAAUUCAAGGCUAGGAAAUACUAUAUCAUCAUCAUUGGCCCUGGCCAAAGGAGCUUCAAGAACGUGAUCAUCAGCACCUCCCAGGUACUGUGGGCUGUAUCAGGAGGAGUGGAUGAUGGGCAGACCGGGGAACAUGCCCUGCUGGCCUGCAUCCUGGGUGUGAAGCAGCUCAUUAUAGCCGUCAAUAAAAUGAAUUUCACUGAUCCCAUUCCUACCCCCAAUACAAUGAAAAGCAAUUUUUUGGAAAUCACCAAGAAAGUAACCAAUUAUAGUAAGAAGACUGGCUAUAAUUCAGCUAUGGCGUCUUUUGCAUCCUCCUCAAGCUAUACCAUGCCUGUGGCAUGGGAUAUCAGCUUCUUGAAGGCAGGCAUGGUAGUAACAGUCGCCCCUAGCAAUGUCACCAUAGAGGCUGUGGAGAUGCUUAUAAGGCUGUGUCCAAGGCCCCACCUGGUGACAUCAGUUUCAAUGUAA